AUGGACGGCAAGCGCAAUAUAGUCAUUAUCGGCGGAGGCAUAAUUGGCUGCACAACAGCCUAUUACCUCACUCGCCAUCCAAAGUUUAACCCGGCUAUACAUACAGUAACUCUUCUCGAAGCUGGCCCGUCGCUUGCAUGCGGCGCUUCUGGCAAAGCUGGUGGUUUGCUAGCGCUGUGGGCAUAUCCUGCCUGCAUAGUGCCUCUUUCCUAUAAGCUACACGCAGAGUUGGCUGCUGAGCACAACGGCGCGCAAAAAUGGGGCUAUCGAAAGCUACAGUGCGGGAGCUUUGAGGCGGUCGUCUCACGGAAGAAGCUCAACAAGCCCAACAAGCCCCAACUCUCCACAGAUGGGGAGAAGCGAUGGGAAAAGCUACCAAAGCAAGACGAGGCGGCACAAGAGUUGUUGGACGAGGGGAUACUGCCCAAAGCUCUCGAUUGGGUGGAUCGAGACCUGGUGACGAGCUGGGCUGAGAUGGGCGGCCCGGGAACCACAGAGACGUCCCAAGUUCACCCGUUUCACUUUACCACCACGAUUGGCGAAUUAGCGAAACAGGCUGGUGUUGAGAUUCGGACGGAUGUAAAGGUGACCAGAGUUGUAACGUCAAAAACCGCCGUGGAAAGGGUUGAAUACCUGGAUAGAAGCACUGGGAAGAUGCGGGACAUUAGAGAUGCAACUGAUAUUGUGGUCACUGCCGGCCCAUGGACAGGACGAUUAUUGCCGCGAGCGAAAGUGGAAGGCUUGCGAGCACAUAGUGUCGUUUAUGACGCGGAGGUGUCACCGUUUGCCGUCUUCACCGAUAUCCAGCUGCCCAGUGACUUUGUACCAGAGCACCGGGCGAAACUGGGACAACAGAGGAUGCACAAGAGCCAUGUUGAUCCCGAAAUUUAUGCUCGUCCCUUUGGCGAGGCGUACGCCUGCGGUGAAGGGGAUACAACCACCCCGCUGCCAGACACGGUCGACCAAGUCGAAUGUGACGAGGCCCGGUGCGACGAUAUUACGUCGUAUAUUAGUACAUUCAGCCCAGUUCUUGCUGUGGCACCCAUCAAAGCCAAGCAAUCAUGUUAUCUUCCGCGACAUAUGCGCUUCGGGCAAGAGAGUGGUCCGCUCAUAGGGCAGACGACGGUACCAGGAUUGUGGGUGGCUGCGGGCCAUACAUGCUGGGGGAUCCAGAAUGGUCCUGCAACAGGAAAAUUGAUGUCCGAGUAUUUAUUUGACGGAGUCGCCAAAAGUGCAAACAUUGAUAAGCUGGAUCCGAGAAAGUUCAAGGUGUAG